UGUUGUCAAGCUAUGCCAAACAAAUUCGAGUUUUUGAAGUAGAUGUUUUUAAGAUUUAAAAUUUGUUUAAUACAAAUUACAAAAUAUAAAAAUGUCUGACACAUUUAAUAACUUAAUAAAUGCAACAGAAACAUUAGAUGAAGAAGAAAUAAUCAAUAAUUUAAAAAUCAUACUGACUCAGGGUACAAAUAUUGAAAUAAGUAGUACUGAUGUUAUAAAAACUUUGUUACAAAUAAAUAGAAACGAAAUUCUUAAAUUGUCAACAGAGAUAAUUGCAGAAUGGGCCAAAACUGCAUACAACAGAAAAAAUUUGACAAACGAAAGUAUUAUAAACUGUUUGAUGUCUUUAUUAGAUAAUAAUGAUGUUGACAUUGUAUUUAAUAGUAUAAGGGCAUUGGGAAAUAUCUGCUAUGAAAAUGAAGAAGCCUGCAAUCUAGUCGACAAAAUUGGAAUCAAUAAUAUUCUGAUGAUUCUUAAAAAUGAUGAUAAAAGAAAUGAUCAGUCAUUAACAACAAAAGUAUCUGGACUGCUAUUAAAUCUUAUUAGCUUACACGAUGGAUUAUCUCGAACAGUUCUCAAAAAUGAAAUUGUUCCAGUUUUGGAAAAAUUGAUGAUCAAAUAUUUUGAAACAUUUGAAGAUAACCAAAUGUUACUGACGUUUCUUUUAACAAUUCUCAGUAACCUGUUAGAUUAUUUUGAUGAACAGAAUGUAAUUUUUUCUGAAAAAUUAUGUCAACUUGUAGUAGAUAUAUUUAAAAAAUCGACAAACCCGGAAAUUUCAGUAAUAUGUUUGGAAAUUUUUCAUGGACAAUCCGAAAAAGAUGAAAUAAAAGCUUUACUUGCUAAGGAGGGAGUAUGUGAAUUAUUAUUUGAACUAAUAAAAAAGUAUAAGCAUCAGGUCAAUGAUGAAGAAAGUAGAUCUGUAUUAAAAAUGGCUUGUGAUCUCAUCGUAAUCAUACUUACUGGAGAUGAUUGCAUGUACAUGUUGUAUAACAAUGGUGAAGGACAAGUAUAUUGCAAUAUGAUAACUUGGUUAGAUUCAGAUGACUCCGAUCUAUUGAGUACAGGCAUAUUAGCAAUUGGUAAUUUUGCAAGGCGUGAUAUUCAUUGUAUUCAAAUGGUUAAAAAUGGGAUAUCCAAAAAAUUGAUAAGUUUGCUUUCACAAUACAACAGUAGUACUGGCACAUCAGACAUCAAAAUACAGCAUGCUUUAUUAAGCACUUUAAAGAAUUUAGUUAUUCCCCAUCAGAACAAGGAACAAAUUUUACAGGAAGGAUUAAUUGAUGUCAUCUACCCUAUGAUUAAAAUCGAUCAAUAUUUGGUAGUUUUUAAAUUGCUCGGCACUUUUAGAAUGGUUAUAGAUGGACAAGAAUCUGCAGCACUGGAUUUAAUAUCAAGGGUAGAUUUUCUGGAAAGACUUGUUUACUGGUGUUAUAACUCGGAUCAUCUUGGUGUUCGAGGAGAAGUACCGAGGCUUCUAGCGUGGCUUAUAAAAAAUUGUCACUCAUUUAAACCAUUCGAAAAAUUUGUAUUUGUGAAGGAUACUGUUAGAUGUGUGGUAGAGAUGAUAGCCUCUAACCAUUCAGUUAUGCAAAACGAAGCAUUUUAUGCUAUAAAAUUACUUUUUAUUGGAUGUUGCAGUUCAACAAAUAAUGUGGAAAGCUCGGACACACUUAUAGAGAAAUUAAUUGAAGAAGUUAUUAAUGCCGAUAUUGGCAAACACCUUAAUUUUGUUAUAAAUAAAUAUGGCGAGAAGAUGGAUCAGCAUAGCGUUGAUAACUUGGUGGCAUUAUUGGAACAAAUAUUAAGUUUUAAAAGUGCCACUAAACAUUUGAAAUCUGCAAAUAUUAGCAAAGUUAUUGAAAAAAUGUCUCUUAAUCCAAAUAUUCAGAAUGCUUCGGAUAAAUUUCAUAAAAUCACAACUGUUUUAAAUGAAUAAUACGAUCACACGAAAUUAUGUAGGUUUUUUAAUAUAGAAAAUUCAUGAGCAUAGUUUUUUAUUGCUCUUUUAAGCUUUUUCUUUAUAAGGCUAAAUAAUUAUAAUUUUGUCUAUGUUAUUUAUAUGGAAUGUCUAUUUUAUCUAGUCUAUGUAAAUAUAAGCAAAUUUUAAAUUUUUAAUCUUUCACGCAUUAGAGCAACAUGUGGAGCGAUCAAGUGGUUCGUCAGCGAAGCAGCUGGCUACAACCACUCCAUGUGUUUUAGUAUUUAGGAUGGCAUUUAUAACACAGUUAACUUUUUACCUUUUGAAAUCCUUUAAAAUAAUGACUUGAUUGUUUGUCAGCUUAAAAUUUGAGAUAAUUCACUUUUAGAUUCUGUUUAUGCUAGGUGUAUCUGUUGUAAUAUUUAUUUAUUUUUAUGACACAACUUACUGGUUCACAUUAUAUACAGGGUGGGUGAAAAAAGUUCCCGCAAUUUUAUCCGAUUCCACAUAAUUCCACAACAUUAAUAAUAUUAAACAAAAAAAAUAUUACAACAAAUGUUGGGUUCAAUACAUUUACUCAGCCACUUUCUAAAAUGAUGGUAGCACAUUCUUCCACUGUAAUCUCGCCUCAGGCACGUUCCAACACCGUUUUCAGUUGUUUCACCGUUACAUAGUGUCUUUCUGAGGUUUUUUGCUCCAUGAUGACCCGCACCGAUUAGUCCAUUGGGUUGAGGUCCAGCAAAUUCGGCGGUCAAAUGUCCUUGUCUUAAAAGCCCGGAAACAACUCUUCGCAGAUAACGAUGGUGGAUUGGGCAAAAUGCGCUGGCCCCUCCGUGGCAACGCCUUCAGGAUGCACUGAAGAAUCUGUUCUUGGUAUGCGGCAUUGUCAAUUUUAAUACCAAAGGUGUAUUUCCGGAGGUGCAGAUGCUGGCCCAGAUCAUCACAGAGGUCAGAAAAUGGUACCGGACGAUGGUUUUCGCAGUGGCGGUCUUCUGCUGGCCCUGACUGAGUAGCUGACGACGAUUUUGGUAGUUGUGGAGUGGUUCAAUUGUGAAAAUCAUUUCGUCGGUGAAGAGCACAUUCUUCAGGUGACCACCAGGACCAGCUGACAUAUUCAAUGGCAUUUCUGUAGGCGCUUUGCCUUUAUUAGAUCAUUGUGGUAGCGAUUGCGAGCAACCUUGUAAGUGCAAAGUCUCGGCUUCUUCUUGACGAUGCGUUCAGUGCUGUUCCAUGGCCAUCUUGCUCAUUGAGAGUUCAGCAUCGCACCUUGUUGAUGUUUUCAAAAGUGGUGGCGAUUUAUAGACGCUCGCUCCCUCGACGGUCCUCAGUCCCUCCUGUCUUCUUGGAACGUUUCACAGCAUCGUAGAAAAUUCUACUCUUGAAACCGAUUGCUUGAACAAUUUCGGCCAUCUUUAUUUCUCGUCUUGUGCAAUUAAACAACAGUACAUAUUUACACAGUCCUAGAGCAAAUUUACUAAAAACAAUAAGAUACAAUUAAAACAAUACAUAAGGUUAAAAUUGCAUGGAAAAUUCAACUAAAUUAUUAGAAUUAAAAUAAAAACAAAAAUAACAUUAAAUUACUGACCAAAAAAAUUGUGGCAACUUUUCACUCGCCCUGUAGCUUUAUUCAGUAUUUUUGUAAAAAUAUUAAGAGUUUACGAAAAUUUUACUAUCUUUAUCCUUGUUACUCUUAUGGUUUAGAGGUAGAGACUGAUAUGUUUAGAUUAUUUGGAGUUAAUUUUCCUAAACCCCUAUUCUGUUGUAUACCACACGAUUACGCUGCACCAAAAAUGCUAGUGUAGUUACAAUCAGUGGGGCUUUGAGGGACAAUAAAAGUACUUGUAAAAAGUAGACUGCUUGGGCAAGGAAAAAAAAUUACAGUGUACUUAAUACAAGAACUUUAAAUUUAUUUCCAGUAGCGCUUAAAUAAAAAAAAUACACUAUUUGCAUGAGAGCGGCAUAGUACAGAAACCAACCACUUAGAUGAAGGCUUAUGCAGAAAAAAUCGUUUGAAAAAUGUUUUUCUUUAAUUAUUACAUUUGUAUUCAAAACAUUACAUUUAUCUGUGUAUAGAGUGAGCCAAAUAUCUAUAUUAUUAUCUUGUAUACGAGGCACAUUUCAAAAGUAAGAAAUGAUAAAAGAACAUGAGAAAAUCAAAAAUGUAUUCGUUGUUCUAAAUAGGUAAAUAGUUAUUUUUUUACUUCAUCAACAUUUUCUUAAAUACACUUUUGAUAUGUGAAACCAGCAUUUUUAAACCUUCUUGAUAAAAUUACACACCCUGGAAUUGAAAAGCAAUCUAUAGGUUUUUAUAUUGAGGUAAAUGACAUUACACAUUCACCAUGAGAUAAAGCAUGAAAAGACCUUUCCAACGAGGUAUAACAAUAUGGGCUUUUGAUGAAUCAAUCUUUAAAAAAAUGCUUUUUUUCUGAUCAUACAUUAGGGACUUCCCUAACCCUUUAUGUCAAGAGAUAGAACAAAAUGUCGAUAACAAAAGUUACCGAGCUACGAACUUGAAAACUAUUUCCAAUGAUUGGUCG